UGACAAUAUGUGUCACAUAAACAAUGGGGGCUGUGGUACACUCUGCCUGGCUAUUCCAGCAGGCCGUGUAUGUGCUUGUGCUGAUAAUCAACUUUUGGAUGAAAAUGGUACAACUUGCACAUUUAAUCCUGAAGAAACAGUGCUUCAUAUAUGUAAACCUGAAGAAUUUCGCUGCAAAAACAAACACUGUAUCCAAGCUCGGUGGAAAUGUGAUGGGGACGAUGACUGCCUAGACGGGAGUGAUGAGGACUCUGUCACUUGCUUCAAUCAUAGCUGCCCUGAUGAUCAGUUUAAAUGCCAGAAUAAUCGUUGUAUCCCCAAGAGAUGGAUUUGUGAUGGAGCAAAUGAUUGUGGGAGCAAUGAAGACGAGUCCAACCAAACCUGCGCAGCCAGAACCUGCCAGGCUGACCAGUUUUCUUGUGGAAAUGGGCGCUGCAUUCCCAGAGCCUGGUUGUGUGACAGAGAGGAUGAUUGUGGUGACCAGACAGAUGAAGUGGCAUCCUGUGAAUUCCCGACGUGCGAGCCGCUAACUCAGUUCGUAUGCAAGAGUGGAAGAUGCAUCAGCAGCAAAUGGCACUGUGACACUGAUGAUGACUACGGGGACAGGAGUGAUGAGGUGGGCUGUGUUCACUCUUGCUUUGAUGACCAGUUCAGAUGUCCCAGUGGCCGGUGUAUCCCGGGGCAUUGGGCCUGUGAUGGUGACAAUGACUGUGGAGACUUCAGUGAUGAAACACAAGUCAACUGCACCAAAUCGGAAGUUACUCCAGGAAUGUCAAAAAUCAAGCAAAAUCUCAAUAGAAGAUUUUGUUUACAUGACUUGGAGAAAGUGCUUCAAAGACAGUAUCUGAAGACGUUCACUCUCCGGCUGGCUGCACUGGGAAUGAAUUUCAGUGCCGCCCUGAUGGAAACUGCAUCCCGGAUCUGUGGCGCUGUGAUGGAGAAAAAGAUUGUGAAGAUGGCAGUGACGAAAAGGGCUGUAACGGGACCGUCCGACUGUGUGACCACAAAACCAAGUUUUCCUGCAGGAGUGCAGGUGAGCACCGUGAACACCCAGGGAGCAGAACCCGUCAGCGCAGGCUCCAUCUGUAGCUCAUCUCUGAAAAGCAUUCUUCGUCUUUGGUAGAUAAGCUCACAUUAUCUGUGUAAUACUAGUAAGGUAUCUGUCAGAAGCAUUAUGGGUCAGACACCAUCCUAUCAAUGUUUUCUUUAUGAACUCAUGGAGGAAACAGAAGUAUUUAACUUGCUAAGAAUUACGGAGACUGAAUAGCAGAAUUAAAACCUGACAUCAGUGUAUUUGGGUUCAGAAUCUGUAAUUGAA